UGAACACGGGAGCUGCUGGUCUGCUGCUGCCUUGAUCAGCUUGUCAGUUUGCGUUGUGUGACUUUGGUGAAUCAGAACUAACCCUUUUCAACGCCAAAGUCACAGGGUAGCACAAACAGAAUGGUAGACCAGCAGCUUCUUUGUUCAGGGAUUUUAAACCUCUAUUUUUGUCAGUGGAGUCUGACUUUGAGGAAAGCAAUAUAUCAGCUUCAGUUCCCCUUUGGAAAUCACUGUCUGACGGUAAGGUAAAGCAGUAGAAGCACUUAAACUGAUAUUGAUUUUUUUUUAGCUGAUCCUUUUUUAGGUGGAUUCCAGACUGCUUCUCCAAAUCAAGGGUGUGCUGACUCACAUCUCCUGUAUAUAAUAAACUGACUAUGGACAAGCACCUCAUAUAAUCCCCCUUAAAAAGAUAUGAACUAUCCCUUUAAAAUGUACUGCUUGUGUUUGAGGUCAUUUUCCCUCAAUAAUACAGACAUAUUACUGGGACAGUAUGGAAAAAAUCAAUAAAACACAUCUAUCAGGUGUGUUUUAAAGAAAGCUGCAUCAGAAAUACCUCAAACCGUCUGAUGCUGAAAGAAAACCAGGCGCUACACUGUCCCAAAAAUCUGUCUGCAUCACUGAAACUGCAAGCAUCACGCACCCCGUCCCAACCCUUUGCUCUGCUCAGUGUCACAGUGCCACCGUCUGGCAGCUGUCGUCCCCUCACACAUUACUUCACCAUUGCAAAAUUGGUUAUUGUGUUAGAAUAUAAAGAGGCAGUCCACAAAAUUAUUAGCACAUAACAGAAAAGGCCUUUGCAUGGUUUUGUUAAUACCUGUCACUAAAGAAGCUUUUGGUUGUUGUAAUUGUUUUCAGGUUUUACCACCAUUAGCUUCUUUUUUUUUUAUUGUUGUUGUUGUUUUCGGGAAGAAGGACCUGUAACAGAGCCUGUGAGUGAGGACCCUAAGUUCUGUCAACAUAACUUCACUUCCUGCUGGUCAUUAACAGAGGUCGAUGAAGAGCUGUGACGGUUCUGAAUACACUCUGCAAGGGCCAGCAGGUGGCGAUGACGUCACAGGGCUGUCACCCGAGCCAGCCCACUACCAGCUGCUGUCUGAGCUGGGAAGAGGCUUCAAUAACUUGAGCCAGGUGAACAUGGCACGCCACAUCCCUACUGGCCAGCUGGUGGCUGUCAAACAAACCAAUCUGGAUGAGUGCACCGAGGAGGAACUGCUGCAGCUCAUGAAUGAGGUUCUUCUGUCCAGGCUUUUCCGUCACCCCAACCUGCUGACCUCUCGCCUGGUUUUCAGCUCCUGCUGCCAGCUUUGGGUCCUCACACCACUCAUGUCCUAUGGCUCCGCAGACACCUUACUAAGAACAUAUUUCCCAGAUGGAAUGAGUGAAUCCCUGAUAGCGUACUUGCUAUACGGUGUACUGAAAGCAUUGGAAUACCUGCACCGGAUGGGCUAUGUUCACCGGGGGGUGAAGGCCAGUCAUAUCCUGCUGUCAGGGGAGGGCCAUGUCUACCUCUCAGGGCUCCACAGUGUUUACAGUAUGAUGCGUGAGGGAAAGAGGAUGAGGGCAGUGUUCGAUAUGCCCCAACACAGCCCUGCCCUGUUGCCCUGGCUCAGCCCCGAACUACUGCGACAGGACCUGCACGGUUACGGAGUGAAGUCAGACAUCUACAGUUUAGGUAUUGUGGUCUGUGAGCUUGUCAGCGGCAGAGUGCCUUUCCAGGACAUGCCCCCCACUCAGAUGCUGCUUCAGAAGCUGCGCGGCUCCCACUGCUGCCUGCUGGAUGUGGCUCCCUUCCCGCUUGGCGAGCUGGGGGGGCUGAAGGUGUCGCGGUCCGGGGUAGACUCCGGCAUCGGGGAGAGCGUGGCCACUGGGAGCCUGACACACAGCGCCACCGCUCCUCCCACCGACCGACCUCAAAGCCCUGGGCCCAAAAACCACUCAGCCACCCUCCACAACCUGGUUCAGCUAUGUCUGCAGCAGCAGCCUGAAUGCAGACCGUCAGCAUCUACACUGUUGACCCACGCCUUCUUCAAACAGGUGAAGAGGCACACCAGAGACACCUUCCUCAGCCUCAUGUACCCAGCAGUGCCCCUCACCAGCCCCGAGGACCCUCCAGUAUCCUGCCCGCCCGCCCCGUCCUGCCACGUUCCAACAUCACCCUCCACAGACACCGCCGAGGCUGUGUGGGACUUCUCCUAACCUCAAGUCCCUGUCCCUAAAUCUCCAAAAUUUUGACUAGCAAGCCAAACACAAGACAAUCAAAGCAAAGCAAUGAGGCCAAAUUCUACUGUGCUUUUAUUUUGUAUUAUUAAUCCGACUCUCUGAGCCUUUUUUAAGUAGUUUUGUAGUUUUUUUAAUGUGUUUGUCUGAUGCAUAUAUGGAGUUUGGGUUGUGGGCUGGUGAUGAGACUGUGAAAGUGCUGGAUCAAAGACGCUGCUCUGAUCAAAUACUAAGGAAUCAUAAUGUCACGGGACAAAACACUAAAGAAAUCGAUUAACAAAUAAUCACGCACUUCCUCCGAGGUUAAAAGCAACUAUGAAUUAAAGGAAAAGUCCACCCAGAAAUACUUCUUUAAAAAACAGCUGUUUGUACUAAACAAUGGAUGUUUUAACGGUUUCACAUAUCCAUGGUUAAUGGUCAUUUUUUAGGUGACCAUAUUAGCUGUUCUUCUUCUCCUGGAGGACCUUGUUAACCGAAUCUGAAAUAAAUAACUUAAUACCUCAAAAAGUUAAAUCCUAAUAGGUACUGACAAAAUAACCACUGAAGUCUAUGCUGGGGCGGAUUUUUCCUUUACAUUGUUAUGUUUUCAGACUGUGAAUAGUGAAUACUUGGGUACAUAAAAAGAUAUUAACAACACAUGCAUAUAUAUUCAAAUUUAACUGAGGUUUUCAAACUAAGAGUCUAAAGUUGUGUGAGCUGCAGUUUGCAACAAAAUUUGCCAUCCUUCUUGGAGUCAUAACUCAGUAAAAUCUGAACACAGACAUAAUGCACAUAUUUUUAGAUUCGGUGUGACUUGUACCUUCUGAGGAUAUAAUAAUAUCUGAUGUCUAUCGCGAGUAAAAAGAUGCAUCUUGUUACUGCAGAACUUGCUUGAGAAUCUUCACGAUUUUAAGUUUUUAUCAGUAUCAAAGUAAUCCACUCAUAGUUGUCUGUACAUCCAUGGGUACAUUGCAAACAGGAACUGCUAGGAGUUAAUUCGGCAUACUUUUAAUGGUGCCAAUUUGCCAAAACAAAACAAAUAUAUGCCGAAAAGUCAGGCUCAGGUUGUUGCAGCUGACUUACUGACUCCAUGGCAACAUCAUACUUCAGUAUACCAAAAUAUUACUAUUACUACUUGCUAAAUUACACACACUCCCAAAUGUAAGUCUCAAGUGCCCUGAGGCAUCAGAAAUAACUGAGGAAAUAUGACUAAAUUAAAUUAAAUAACUGUCCACAAGUAACUAUGUGAACACAUUUUGCUGUAUGUUUGAACAUAUAUGCACAUAGUGUUUAACAUAUGUAUAGACAUUUUAAAACAUGUUAUCAUAUGUUUGCCUGUGAUCAAAUAAGACGGUGCAAUGUUGGCUCCGGGAAAAAAAAGAGCACAUGAACAAUAGAGUAGACUUUAUUAUAGUGUAGAGUAUAUCUAGUGUCCCACGUAGGAGUUAGUGGAUAACCAUCAGUAGAUAAAAACCUUCCCUCCUGUAUCGUCAGUGAUUCGCCAAACGAGUAUUUCUACUGUGCGCUGUGACCACUUCUCCGACAAUGCCUUUUUGUUUCAAUGGAACCUGCAUUCUGAACAUGGUGAUCUAUCUUUAACUGUGAUUAAGUGUACUGUGUAUGACAACUGUGAUCUGCAGUACAUAACAAACAUGGUAGCUGUAUGAGCCUUAUAUACUGUAUAUAUACACAUAUAUUAUAAAUGAUAUAUAUGAAUAUACAACCUUUGAUUUCUAAACCUGUUAACCUUGAUUUUCUUUAUAGAUCUGUGUUAACAGAAAAGUGUGUACUAUGUUUGUUUGUUUGUUGUUUUUCUAUAAAAUGCUCCAUUCUGCAGUACUUCCAACCAUCACAGUGCAAUAUUCUUCUUCUUAAAUCCCUGGUAUUUGAUGGAUCCUGGAGCAUGGAUUGUAAAAGGACUUUCUUCUGGGAUCUAGACAACAUGUACUCAACUGUAGACAAACUGAUUAUUUCGCUUGAUAUGGAUGUAACUGUCCAUGACUGUUCUGACACAUAGAAGCGAGCAGAUGAUGACAUCUUCUUCUGCGUGCGUGAGGAGACUUCUUGGUGGUGGUGUCGAAGUCUCCUUGAGCAAGAUACUGAACCCUAAAUUGUUCCUGAUGGCUGUGCUGUCGGUGUGUGAGCAUGUGUGAUGAACAGUUAGCACCUUGUACAGUAGCCUCAGACACCCGUGUAUGAAUGUGUGUGUAAAUAUGGUGCUUGUGUUGUACAGUUGUUGGUGACUAUUUACUGUUUACCCACAACAACUCACACACAAAUCUAAUAAAUAGCUACAGGUAAGAGGACAAA